AUGCACACGCCCGCAACCCCGGCAAACAACGCCACUAAUGGACCAGGUGUCACCUUCCAAGCACAAAACGGAUUGCCCCCAAUCAUGCACACGCCCGCAACCCCGGAAAACAACUCCACUAAUGGCCCAGUCGCAGAACUUCUAUGGCCUAACACCACCAGACCUUACAACUUACAACAACAUACUAGUACAGCCAUUCCUGGCAAUGCAACAAUCGGGAUACCAUUUUGCUCAAUGGACUCCAAACCAAGAUUAUCUCUCAUGCAGUGUCACAUCACCAUUCGUGAAAGAGUUGCUGGAGUACAAGAUUCCCAACACCACCAAGUUACCUUACCUCAAAACGAGCUCUGCAGACAUCAUCUACGAGCAUUGUUUUCGAUUGCUGCCGACGCAUGGAAGGAGGGAUUAAGACCAGCCGCAGGCCAACUCACGCGAUUCACAGGGAACAGUUUGUGGCCCCUAGGUAUAAUCCACUUACCGUUGACACUCACUGGUCAAGACAAGACCAGGCGACGGACAACCCUUGUAGAUUUUGUAGUCAUACGACACCCAUCCGAACACAAUGUCAUACUGGGGCGAACCGCCCUACUGAAAUCUAGAGCAAUCUCAUCAACGAUUCAUGGAAUAGUAAAGUUUAUCACGAACCAAGGCCUGGGGACAAUCCUAGCCACUCCCCCAAUUUAA